AAUGUCAAACAAACCAGCAGCAAGAUAAUCCGUUCGGACUGUGCGCCAGGUUUAACAGACUCUCUUCUCGUUUCGGAGCAACUUCGGACAACUCGAUGGGAACCUGAUGACCCGCUGACUGCUCGGAGCUGCGCGACAAGUUGCUGUUGGGGGGGUUUAAAAAAAAAAAGGCUCACUAUUUUUAAAUGGGUACAGAGAAAUUUCGGGGGGCGUGGACGUCAGAGGAGCAGAAGCAGAAGCAGCAGCAGAGCAGCAUGUUGGCUCUUGGCUCCAGUUCCAGUGUGGUGAUGUGCCGCCUGGAAGAAGAAGAAGUGGUCUGCGCGUAGACGGAGCGGUUGGACGCGGAGCCCUGUGAUUGUCAGGCGUCGGCUGCGGACUUUCUGUCAUUUUGAAGAUCUUUUGGUAUUAUUUGGAUUUCGCUUGCUGCCGUUUUGGCGACAGAAAAGGACUUAAGGGGAAGGAGCAAGAGCUGUUAAAGGCUGCCCCGCGUAAGGAAUGAAAUCUGGCCACGCUACUGCUUCAAUGACAGUUUCUUUUUUAAAAAUAUAUUUGUUUAAUGGAAACGUAAUUAUUGGUUAAGUGGCUGCACAUAGUAAGUCACCGUGGGCCGGUAAAAUCGAUGAUCAAGUAACGUGGCUUGAAAGCUGCCCUCAAGUAAUCCCCAAGGGUUCUUCAUUUGUAGUCUAAAUACUGACAGGUGUUUGUCAUUCAGACUGUGUCAGAAAAAGUGUUUUAUUCAGUCAUUUUUUCAGGAUUUCAUCCACAUCAGACUUGGUUAUGGUAACCAGACCUUUGGAAUGGCUCCUGUACAAUUAUUUUGAUCCAGUUAUUUGCGCCUCUCACACUCAAAGGAAACACGCGUUAUAUUUGUCCACCUUACAAUGCGUUUGAAACGCGGAAUGGGAAAGCAACGAUCACUUUAGCGUCUUCUUGCUCUUGAGUUGUAGCCGAUUUGGCAUCAGCCAAAAUGACAAGCAACGGACCUGUCAUUGUCUACGAGUGGCUGAAGACCCUCCAGCUUUCCCAGUAUGUCGAGUCUUUUGUGGAUAAUGGAUAUGACGACCUCGAGGUUUGCAAACAAAUAGGAGACCCCGACCUGGAUGCCAUCGGCGUCUAUAUCCCUCAUCACAGGCAGAGGAUUCACGAUGCUGUGCGGAGGCUGAAGGAGGAAGCCAAAGAGACAGCCAGUGGACUGUAUUUCACCCUUGAACCCAUGCCACCCGCGGCCGAAAUUUAUAGCGGACACCUGGUGGAGUGCGAGUCUAAACUGCGGGGAUCCAAGUCUUGGACCGAGCCCAUCAGUGACCGGGUUGGGCGAAACGGCGGGUACAUUGGGGCGCAGAGGAACCUGACCCUGGGCAACAGGAGGGAGCUGAUGAUUUACCCCAAGCUCAAGCUGAAGAUCAUGAUCAGGGAUAAACUCAUCAGAGAUGGCAUCAACCUCGCCAAGCCGCCGUACUCUAACAAGGAUGGUUCUCUGGGCAACAUAGAUGACCUUGCACAGGAAUACUCUGAGUACUACAACACCUGCUUUAGUGACGUCAACGACCGCAUGGAGGAGCUACGCAAACGACGAGUCUCCCAGGAACUCGACAUGGAGAAACAAGACCCAAGCAGCACCUCUCUGCAGCUCCGUAAUGAGAUCCAGGAAUCUUUAGGCUUCAGCAGCGAGGUGUCCACUCCUGAAACGGACAGAAAAAUGUCUCUACACAAGUCCAGCUCUGAAGAUGGAUCUGGAGGUAAAUGGGACAGUAAGAAGAAGAACAAAUCUUUUUGGCAGAACUUCCGCAAAUCUCAGCACAAACCCGUUGUACGACAGACGUCCAAAGGAGAAGAUAUUGGCUACGUGGCCAGUGAGAUCACCAUGAGCGAUGAGGAGCGGAUCCAGCUGAUGAUGAUGGUGAAAGAGAAGAUGAUCACCGUAGAAGAAGCUCUGGCUCGGCUGAAGGAGUAUGAGCGCAGCAGACAGUCCAGCAGUACUGACACUGCAGAGUGGGCUGACGGAUCUGCACCCAAUCUAAACCAGUCCUCAAACUGCAACUCUCGUGAACAGUCAGAUGAUGAGCAAUCAGAGGACUCUGUGAAAUUCAAAAGGCUUCACAAAUUGGUUAACUCGACACGCCGGGUCAGGAAAAAACUCAUCAAGGUGGAAGAGGGCAAGAAACAUGCCUCCGAAGAUUUUCUGAAUCUGGAGACACCUCCCACCUGUGAGGACAACACCGCUCUGUACACUGGGGUUCUAAAGAAGCCCCCUUUACACCAGGAGGCGUCUCUGCCCUCACUCACCCAUGAUCAGCUUUCUCUGGAUGGAGACACAGAUGGCCUGACAACCUCCCCUUCCUCCAGCAGUUUGGACACCUGGUCUGGACACAAGCUGGUGAAAACGUUCAAUAAGUCUUCUAGUACCCACGGUCUUAUCCGGCCCCCCAGGAGGACCCCAGCGGGCUCCAGUGCCCUGGGAGGCUCUAUUCCUGGUGUGACAGGUAGUGGCUCCUCCUUCUCAGAGCUCGAUGGCUGUGGAUUGGACGAUGAUGGAAAGCUGUCACGCUCCACAACUGAUGGCGAGAUGAGGAAGGCCCUGAACUCCAUCUCCCAUGGGAGAACAUGCAGCUUUGGAGGCUUUGACCUGUCCAACCGUUCCCUCCAUGUGGUCAACGCAGGCAAUGAGGCCAAUAGUAAAGAGCAGGAGGCAAUAUACAGAGAAGUGGUCAAAUCCCCCACUACGUCUCGGAUUUCACUGGGCAAGAAAGUCAAGUCAGUGAAAGAGACGAUGAGGAAGCGCAUGUCGAAGAAGUACAGCAGCUCUCCUUCUGAGCAGUCCAGUCCAGAUGCAGCCCCUGGUUCUCCACAAUCCCCUCUGCCUGACACCGACUCUCUCGAGAAGCCGAAGCUUAAGGCCGGAGGCUCUGUGGAAAGCCUGCGCAGUUCACUCAGCGGACAGAGUUCAAUGAGUGGUCAGACGGUGAGCACCACCGACUCAUCAGCCAGUAACAGAGAAAGCGUGAAGUCGGAGGACGGCGAUGACGAGGAGCCUCCCUAUAGAGGACCAUUCUGUGGCCGUGCCAGAGUCCAUACAGACUUCACUCCCAGCCCCUACGAUACGGACUCCCUCAAACUGAAGCGUGGGGAUGUGAUUGACAUCAUCAGCAAGCCACCAAUGGGAACGUGGAUGGGCCUGCUGAACAACAAAGUAGGCACCUUCAAGUUCAUCUAUGUGGAUGUGCUGAGUGAAGAAGAGGAGAAGCCCAAAAGGCCAGUACGGAGGAGGAGGAAGGGCCGGCCACCCAAACCCACUUCAGUGGAGGAGCUACUGGAUCGUAUCGAUCUCAAGGAUUACAUGCCCACUUUCUUAUUCAACGGCUACGAGGACCUGGACACGUUCAAGUUGCUGGAAGAAGAGGACUUGGAUGAACUGAACAUCAGCGAUCCUCAGCACAGAGCUGUACUGCUCACGGCAGUGGAGCUGCUGCAGGAGUAUGACAGUAGCAGUGAUCCAGAGCGCAGUGGAAUGUCAGGUUCCCAGGAAAAGCUGCUGCUAGAGGGUCGGAGCAUAGUGGGAGACUCCCCACGGGAUUCUGGGUGCUACGAGAGCAAUGAGAACCUGGAGAAUGGUAAAAGCAGGAAAGCAACCAGUCAUUUUUCAGCAGGACACCAGUCUCCAGAUUACCCAACACUGCCCAUGACUCUUUCUACAGAGGCUCUUCAGCAGAACAGCAAAAAUCAGCGCACAAAGUUUCCAAAAAGUUUCUUCAGCAAGCCCUCCCUUAAGAGCUUCAAUCUGCUCGGGCUGCGAAAAGCCCAAAGACGGUCUCCAAUCCCAGCAAGCCGCAGCUGUGAGGACCUUGAUGGUCCCCCGCAGCCCACUGGACCCUGGAAGCGCUCCCACUCUCUGGGAGAUCUGCAGAGCUUUGAGCAGAAGAAUGAUCUCAGUGUGGAGCUUAAGCUUAGUAAGGAAAUACCCAAAUCAGGCAAAACUAGCCCCAUCAAGCCCUGUAGAGACGCUGUUUCUCCAGCUCAAAAUGGGACUCCGACGGUUAGUCCUAAAGGAAGGGCUGAUAGGCCGCCAGUACCCUCACAGCUUCGCCUACGCUCUUCUUGUCCAACAUCAAUGUCCUCCAACCCUCCAGAGCUCCUUUCCAGCCCCACUCCAAGUCCUCCUGAUUCUAGUGCUAGUGGGGAGAGGGUGAUGCGGACUCACCCCAAAAAGCCUCCCAUCCCUCCCCCUGUACCUGCAAAGAAAUCUAGAGAGAGACUAGCCAAUGGCCUUCGUCACCCCCCUCUCUCCCUUCCCUCCUCGCCAUCCCCUACCGCCUCGCCUACCCACUCCCUCAAUCGCUCUCAACCCGGCAGCCCUAUAAUCCGCAGCCCCGGCCUGAGUGCCCCUGCUCUGCCUCCCAAGACCCCAAGUACUCCAGCCAGUCCAUGUGCCACCUCAUCAGCCUCAUCCAUGGGUGAGGAAUCCGGCACUCCGCCAGCUGUGCAGCCUCCCUGGCUCUCGGAUCUUGGAGGCAAGAUGGCUGUUACGAGGAAACUUUCCCAUACCAAGAUAGGUCCUGAUCUUUUUACCCUCCUGGAGCAACGGCUGCAGAGUGAGGGCAUUGAUCUUACCGAGGAGCCCUACUCUGACAAGCACGGCCGAUGCGGCAUCCCCCACCCGCUGGUACAGCGUUACUCUGAGGAUCUGGAGCAGCCAGUGAAAGACGUGGCGUCUACCAUAGACCAGCUCAGAGUCAAAGAGCUCCGUAAACAACACCGCAUGGCUAUCCCUUCUGGAGGUUUGACGGAGAUGUGCCGAAAGCCUCCCACCUUAGGAAACAUCAGCACAGUCUCCGAUUGGCUCAUCUCCAUCGGCCUACCCAUGUACUCCACAACUCUAGCAACAGCAGGGAUUGACACGCUGAGCCGCGUGGCCUUGUUAACAGAGAGCAGUGUGUGGGAAGCUGGGGUGCGGGACGAACGUCACAUCCGCCGCCUGAUCUGUGAGGCGCGAUUGGUCCACGCACACAGAGAGGUUCAGUCGUAAUCAUGCUGGUGGAGUCGAGUCGCAUCAACUCACUGAUCCGCACCAUCUCGUGGUCAGUAGGUGGCCUCGGGUAAAUUGGCCCCCACGGCACUACAGCAUUUCUUCUCGCACAUGUUAAAGACAUAUCCUGCUCUCUGAUUUUUUUUUCCUCUCUCUUUUAUCACGCUGUCUUUUUUCCAAAUGUUUACGACAUCGAGGAGUUCCUCCAAACAGCCAAGACAAGAUAUCAGAUGCCUUUAAAAGAAAAGAAAAAAAGACAAAAAAGACUGUAGACUCACUGUGUGGGAUGACUUCCAUUCUGAAGACGUCUCCCAAAGUCUUAAAAUAAAGACUUGGAUCUGCCUUUAAGGAAGAUAGCACACACUUUUUUUUUUUUUUAAGGAUGGAUUUUUUUAAAAAGAAAAUCAAGAAAGACUAUUUUCUGCAUAUUUCAUAAGUGCUUCAUUUUCAUCUGUCGUGUGGCAGAGGCAACUUAAUCUGAGGGUCAUUUAAGGAAGUAGCUCAGCCAAAGCGACGUAAUUCGAUGUUUGCUUCCCACUAAUAGUUUCACGAUGACGCGACACAUUUAAUAUCUGGACUGUUAAUCAACUAAAUACACACACCAAACAAUGGCUUCGAGGUGGCUUAUUUUGUGUCAUGCUUAUAUAUUGUAGCAUAGUGCACAUCUUAAUUUCAAAAUGACUCGUGUUAAAAUUUGUGUUUUGCAUUUUGAUCGUUGCGGGCUUACUUCGAGCCCACCCUGUCAUUUUAUAGUUCUGUAUUUAUACUUUACCCUUUCACAACAAUAUCCUGGAUGGGCACGUUGCUCUUAUAUAAAGUCUUAAAGAAAGCUCUGUUUUGCUGUAGAAUUUACAAUCACCUCUCGCUGAAAUAAUACAUUCCCUGGUGUGUCGACGGACCUUUUAAGUUGCCUUACCAUUAUGAUUGAGGAGCUACAAAGACUGAGACUGAACUGUGGCAUAUAUCCUAUACUAUACAUAUUAUACAUGCAUUCUCAACUAGAUCAUUUCACUGAUAUACAUGGAUGUGGAGCCCAGAACAUGUUUCUAAGUGAUUGAAGUGUUCAUUCCAGUGAAGCCAGGCUAAUACCACAACACCACAGGCUUGCCACAGGCAUGACCAUUGCAUGCUGAACAUCUCUGGACCAUAUUAAAACACACUGACUGUAUGUGUUACAGAGGGGUUAUGGAACCGGGAAGCACGAAGACACAGCUGACGUCUGGGCUGUCAGGUCCCGAAUUUACUGGACUGUCGACAAUGGCUGCAGUGUUGAGGAAUUUAAAUUAUAGCAGAACAAUAAGCUGUGUGGGAUGUAUUUUCUUUUCUUCAAAUCAAUGCUAGUAUGAGUUGUCAAACAGUUAAAAGGAAUGGUCGAUGCAAGCUGUCACAUCAGGUGAAAAGCUGACCUCCGUGUUCAGAAAAACAAGUUUUAAAAUUCAGGGAAAUGCUGAGCGAGGUCGGCCUGAGGGGGGGAAAAAAUCUUGGGAUCAAAAACACAACUGAAACUAUCCAGAAUGUCAUUAGUCUUUCGUUUGCACACACUAAAUGAAACUGUACAAAUAAAUAUUAUUUCUCUCCCUCGCUCUUUAUUUCUAACAGUUAUAACUUUUGUAGCCAGAAUCAAGCUGAUGACUUACUUCAUUUCAUUCAUCGAAAUUCUGAACAACAGUUACUCCAAAAUUUAGAGGCUAUGUUUUGCAGUGGGCACUUGGCAGGCAGAUGGAUCGAUGGAUAUACGAUGCCUUUUUUUCCUCUCAAUCAAAGUGGUGCUCUGGGCUAAGUGAGGAGAGGGGGUCGUUAGUAGAAGACCCGAAAAGUGUUUUGUAAAGAUUGAAAAUACUGACACUGUAAAUGCACUUUAGAUGGUAAAUCUAACUGUUUUAUAGGCAAAAAUUGGCUACAUUUUGUUCACAGGUCCAUUAAUGGACACCUUUGUCAGGUAAUGUAAAGAGUUUCAAAGGGGUUAUGCUGGUAUUUUAACGUAGUAUUGAGUUCCCAAUGCCAAGUUUAAUUCAACUGAGUUCCAGUUACUCACUUCCAGUUUGUUGUUUUGCAACCUAAAUUCUUAAUUACAUAUAUGAAAUGCUUAGCAGAAGUUGCACAUUCUGUAUAUGUAAUUGAUAUUUAAAUAACUUAUUUUUGCUUUUUUUUUUUCAUGUCAUCUUGUAAUUAGCUGUAUUAUAUGAAUAGCAAUACCUUCCUGCGUAAUGCAUAUUGCUUUAGCCAGUAAGGAGCGACAGUAUGUAUUGUAAAAUAUGUGUACAAAUAAUUUUAUUUGGUUUUCAUCUACCUAAUGAUUGUCCAUACAGAUUUGCCUGUGUAUUGAAACAACAAAAGCAAUGUCCAUAACUAUUUGUCAUUCUGAAAUAUAAUAAACUGUUUCUUGCAAUGA